AUGGGUGUUCCUAAAUUCUUCCGCUGGCUGAGCGAGCGGUACCCUUCCAUCUCGAUGCUGAUCGCUGAGAGCCGGAUACCGGAAUUCGACAACCUGUACCUUGAUAUGAACGGUAUUAUCCACAAUUGCACGCAUAAAGACAGUGAUUCUCCCACGUUUCGCAUGACAGAAGAUAAGAUGUUCAUUGCGAUAUUCAACUACAUCGAACAUCUGUAUGGAAAAAUUAAGCCGAAAAAGCUUUUCUUCAUGGCUGUGGACGGUGUCGCUCCUCGAGCCAAAAUGAAUCAGCAGCGCUCAAGGCGAUUCCGAACCGCUCUAGAUGCCGAGGUAGCGAAGGAGAAAGCCAUCAGCCAGGGGAUUGAGAUGCCUAAGGAGGACCCGUUCGAUAGUAAUUGUAUCACACCGGGUACGGAAUUCAUGGCGAAAUUGACGGAACAAUUGAAGUAUUUCAUCAACAAGAAAAUAUCCGAGGAUAAGGAUUGGCAAGGGGUUGAGAUCGUGCUUUCGGGUCACGAGGUCCCAGGUGAAGGGGAGCAUAAAAUCAUGGAAUAUAUCCGGCACUCGAAAGCACAGCCGGGGUAUGAUCCAAAUAUUCGGCACUGUCUGUAUGGUCUCGAUGCGGACCUGAUCAUGUUGGGUCUUCUCAGUCAUGACCCUCAUUUUUGCCUCCUCCGUGAGGAGGUCACUUUCGGGCGUCAGGUCCAAAAAAAGCCCAAGGAGCUUGAACACCAAAAUUUCUAUCUGUUGCAUUUGUCUAUGGUCCGAGAAUAUUUGGAAUUGGAGUUUCAAGAACUGGAACAAGAGGGAAUUUUGAACUUUCCGUUUGAUAUGGAACGGGUUAUUGAUGACUUUAUUUUGAUGGCUUUCUUCGUGGGAAACGAUUUUCUUCCUAAUCUACCCAAUUUACAUAUUAAUGAAGGUGCACUGGCAUUGAUGUUCAAGAUUUAUAAGGACAUCUUGCCCAAGAUGGGUGGUUACAUCAACGAACAAGGUGUUAUCAACAUGGAACGGCUCGGAGUAUUGUUGGACGGCUUGAGCGAUGUGGAAUUUCGCUUCUUUGAGGCUGAGUACUCAGACGCACAGUGGAUUCGAGCCAAAAAGAAUGGUGUUGAGGAUAGCUCAGAGUCUCAGGAAACGGCCAAGAGCCUCACAAUUACGCCGGCACAAAAGGUUCUAUUCAAGGAGGUCAAGAAGUACGUUUUGAAUCGACCCGAAAAGGUGGCAGACACGAAACCGCUUGACCUUCCCCCAACCUUGCCAGCCCGUGACCGAAAGUUCGUUGAACAGCUCGCAGACGAUCUGCGACUCCCCUGGACUACCGUUUCCGACGAGCAUGGCGAACGAUUUAUAAGGGUGCAACUCCCUGGUAAAGAUGAUGACGAUAGCGAGGAAGAGGAUGAGGAAGCUUCAAUGGCAGUUCGGCGUAUCAUUCGGAAAUAUGAUAACGCCAAAGUGCAGGAGAUAUCCCCCGAGGAAGCACAAAGGGCAGCAGAGAAAAAGUACGAAGAGAAAUUUCAGGAAUGGAAAGACAAAUAUUACAUGAGUAAAUUCGAGUGGGGGCUGGAUAACCACGAAGAAAUGAGGAAAUUGACGGAGAACUAUGUGCAAGGCCUCCAGUGGGUUUUAUACUACUACUAUCGAGGGAUUGCGUCUUGGCCAUGGUUUUUCGGAUAUCAUUAUGCUCCAAUGAUCUCCGACGUGAAGAAGGGGUUGAAGGCAGACACGAAUUUCCGGCUUGGUCGACCGUUCAAGCCUUACGAGCAGCUUAUGGGGGUUUUGCCUGAUCGCAGCAAGAAAACUGUGCCACGUGCAUAUUGGGACCUGAUGACGUCUCCAGAGUCGCCUAUCAUUGACUUCUACCCCCGUGAUUUUGAGUUGGACAUGAAUGGGAAAAAGAUGGAGUGGGAAGCUGUAGUUAAGAUCCCAUUUAUUGACCAAGACCGUCUGUUGGAUGCCCUUAAAACGAGAGAACAUUUGCUAGCCCCCGAGGAGAAGGCACGGAAUGGUUUUGGCGCAAGUCUCACGUUUACUUACGCGCCUGAUGUGCAGUUUCUUUACCCAUCGUCGCUUCCCGGUAUCUUUCCAGACAUUCCGAACUGCCAUUGUGUUGAAAACAUUUUUGAUCUGCCUACCAUGGAUGGCCUGGAGCCGUAUAUCGGGUUGGUUGACGGAGUGCAGCUCGGAGCAUCGGCUUUGGCGGGCUUCCCUAGUUUAAAAACCUUGCCCCAUGUUGGCCAAUUGGGCUUCCAUGGAGUGUGUGUGUUCCAACAGGAAAGUCGCAAUGAAAGCAUGGUCAUCACGAUUCUUGAUCCUGGGAGCCGGUCAAGCAGCGAGAUGGCCAAGAAGAAGCUUGGGAAACGGGUUUAUGUGGGCUAUCCAUUUUUGCAAGAAGCAUACGUUGUACGCGUCUCGGAUGAGCUGUUCGAUUAUGUCUUACCUGAGGGUGAAGAGCAUGCUGUGUCUAUCCCUCAUACUGACGUCCAGAUCAACCAAUGGAAGAAAAAAGCCGACAAGAUUGAAGGAACCUAUAGCAGAAGACUUGGCACGAUCAUCGGCCCCGUUGAGUCAAUGGUACACGUACAACUACUUAAAGGAUUGAUCAAGACGGACGAGGGCUCUACGAUAAAGGAGUUUGUGGAUAUUCCGGGCCAGGAGACUGAUUAUGCGCUUCAACUUGUGGUAGAUGACGUUAUCAAUCCUGACGAACGCUUCAUUGAGCGGGAAGCCCUGCCUAUUGAGCAGGAAUUCCCCGAAGGAUCCCGAGCAUUUUUCCUGGGAGAUUUCAACUACGGACGGCCUGUUCAUGUUACUGGACAUGAUGACGGUAAGGUAAACGGGUUGAUUGCGUCGGUGAAGGGUCGGGAUCCAGAAUUUGGACGGGAACGUGCCAAAGAUGCCGAGAGACUCUGCCCUUACAUGCCUUCAUACGCCAUUGCCCGCAACCUGCGCCUGAAUCCCUUGGUAUUGGCCAAGAUCACCUCCUCUUUCUCCGUUGAUGUUGAAAACCAGCGCGUUAACCUCGGCCUCAACCUGAAAUUUGAAGCGCGAAAGCAAAAGGUUCUUGGUUAUUCACGUCGGGGAGAGUCCGGUUGGGAAUUUAGUCCCAAGGCGGUCGAAUUACUCCAGCAGUACAUGAUUAAGUUCCCCGAAUUCAUUGCGGGCAUUCAACGUAACCCCCAAAACGAUCGGUAUAGGCCAACGGAUUUCUAUCCCGAGGAUACUGCCCUUGCGAAGGUCAAGGAAAUUCGGGAUUGGCUGAAGGCAAUUGAAUCCAAAAAUUUUGAGAGGGUACCUCUUGAAGCCGAGCAGCUGGAUUCAGAUAUUGUAAAGUUGAUCGAACAGGAUGCAGACCAACUCAGCUACAAGCAGCCUCCAAUGCUGCCGAAGAAGAUCCGGGGUGUUCCCAGAGGCGCUCUUCUCCGGCCUGCCGAUGUUGAGCAUAGAUUAGGAAGCCAGACGUUCAAGCUGGGUGACCGCGUGGUUUAUGCCCAGGAUUCCGGCAAGGUUCCCAUUGCUACGCGAGGAACGGUAGUUGGCCUCACCCGAACCCCACUGGCCAUUCUACUUGAUGUUGUAUUUGACGUUUCUUUCAUGAGUGGUACAACGCUAGGUGACCGCUGCUCUCCAUUCCGGGGCCAGACGGUCCCUGCAUCCUCGGUUCUCAAUAUCUCGCAUCGACAGCUUCUUGCUAAUACCCGCGCGGCUACUAACCAGCAGCAAAAUCAACCAUCACCCCCGACGGCUGCUGGGUAUGCGGGCCCGUCCAGGCCCGGUGGGCUGGGACAGCUGAAAGAAGCGCCAACGCCUCCACCACUGAGCCACUCAUACCGUGGAGCAGUAUCGGGCUUAGGUAAUGGCCGCAGCAGUGGAUAUUCUCGUGCCCGUGGUGGACGCGGCACGCAAACCACCUUACCUUUCCGGCCGCACGCAAAUGGCGGGGAGCAGCAACAGGCCAACGGCUCGUUCCGCGGAGGCAGAGGUAGAGGUGGAUCCAAGGGUAGCAGUGGCAGCCGCGGGGGCAUGAACCGCACUCGAGGAGGCUACACCGCGAUGGAUCCUGAUCCGGAAGCCGGCGUGGUGAAACACAACCCGAACUUCCGGCCCCAGAACUAUUCGCAGGUGCCACCCCCCCAGAACCUGGACCGACGCGGUGGACGAGGCCGUGGUAGAGGGUCAGAACGAGGGUCAGGAUCCCGAGGACGUGGGAGAGGAGCUGCUGUCGUGAGACAGGACUCGACGACAUAG